UUGCAAAAGGUUCCAAUAACCAAAAUAAGCCUAAGUUCUCACUCGAGCAGCUUCACUUAAACGAGAGAAAAACCCGUGACCGGGACACGGGGGCAAACCCUAAAAUUGCGAGUAUUCUGCCAACUUGAUCUACUACGAUAUGCCACCCAAGGCCGCUGCCAAAUCUAAAGAGGCUACCGCCGAGCGGCCCAUUCUGGGACGCUUUUCGUCGCACCUCAAGAUUGGAAUCGUCGGAUUACCAAACGUUGGAAAGUCAACUCUUUUCAACACUCUUACGAAGUUGUCAAUUCCUGCAGAGAACUUUCCUUUUUGCACCAUAGAGCCCAAUGAGGCACGUAUUAAUGUGCCUGAUGAAAGAUUCGAUUGGCUUUGCCAAUUGUACAAGCCAAAGAGUGAGGUAUCUGCAUUUUUGGAAAUACAUGACAUUGCUGGGCUAGUACGAGGUGCUCAUCAAGGACAGGGUUUGGGGAAUAAUUUUUUGUCCCAUAUUCGUGCAGUUGAUGGAAUUUUCCAUGUCCUGAGAGCAUUUGAAGACCCAGAUAUCAUUCAUGUGGACGACUCAGUAGACCCUGUUAGGGAUUUGGAGGUUAUAACAGAAGAACUCCGUCUAAAGGAUUUGGAAUUUGUGGAAAGAAAAUUAGAGGAUAUUGAAAAAGGCAUGAAAAGAAGCAAUGACAAACAGUUGAAGAUAGAGCUUGAAUGUUGUGAAAAGGUUAAAGCAUGGUUAAAUGAGGGGAAAGAUGUGCGUCUGGGAGACUGGAAAGCUGCUGAUAUAGAGAUUUUGAACACUUUCCAGUUGCUUACAGCAAAACCUAUUGUCUAUCUGGUGAACAUGAAUGAAAAAGAUUAUCAGCGAAAGAAGAAUAAGUUUUUGCCCAAGAUACAUGCUUGGGUGCAGGAGCAUGGUGGUGAACCUAUCAUUCCAUUCAGUUGCAUUCUUGAAAAAAAUCUUGCAGAUAUGCCACCAGAUGAAGCUGCCAAAUAUUGCGAGGAAAACAAAUUGCAGAGUGCCAUUACAAAAAUCAUAAAGACUGGUUUUUCUGCCAUCAAUCUUAUUUACUUUUUUACUGCUGGCUCGGAUGAGGUUAAAUGCUGGCAAAUCAGACGCCAAACAAAGGCUCCUCAAGCUGCAGGUGUCAUACAUACUGAUUUUGAACGUGGUUUCAUAUGUGCUGAGGUCAUGAAGUUCGAAGAUUUGAAAGAAAUAGGCAGUGAAACCGGAGUUAAGGCCGCAGGGAAAUAUAGACAGGAAGGGAAGACCUAUGUUGUUCAGGAUGGUGACAUCAUCUUUUUCAAGUUUAAUCCUUCCGGAGGCGGGAAGAAAUGAUUCUAUAAAUCUUAGGUGCACCACCUUACUAGAGAUAUUUUUGCUUGACUUUUGAAAUGCUUCUGCUAUGUUCCAUAGAUGCUUCCUUGAUUGAAAGCUAUUUUUGUACUCUGAUAAUUAAAUUGAAUGUGUAUUAUGAGAUAAUUUCUUAAAAUGAUUUUGAAAAACUUCAUACAGGCUGUAUGGUUUUCUUUGUUUCCUCCUUGCAAUAAAAAAUAGCUGCAGAAAUUCAGGUUGUCAGCA